GGUCAACAAACUGACACAAAGUAGUCCAAUUUACUAGCAUUCACUACAACCCAUCUCAAUAAAAAAAAAAUUAUACUCAGGAACCUCAGCUACACGUGCCACAUUGUGACAAUGAGGCCUACUAAAUCUGGAGGCAAUCUGCAAUCAAUUCGACGCCAACAGGGCUUCGCCCCAGCAGCCAUGUACCUCUGAGAACACCAACGAGCCUCACUUGAAUUUGAACCUGAGAUAUGCAACUCCUAAACCUUCACUGUCGUGGCAGGUUUACCGUUAGACAAUCUUACCUUUGGUCAACCCAUCUCAAUAAUAAAUCUACAGGUAGUUUGUUUUUAAGGAAAAGAAAAAAAAAAAGUUCAAUUUAUUGGAGGAGGCUGAAAUGGAUGUUUAGGGCGAUAAAUCCCUAGAAAACUAAAUAAUACAAACCCUAUUCGGAAAUGAAGAAUGUACCCACCAAAAUGGUUACAAUGUUAUCAUACAGAGAAAUUUUACAAUGCUAUAUAGUAUUGGUGCUAUAGGAGUUUGCCUUUAUGGUACAACUUAAAAUUGUACAUUUACGUUACGGUACAACUUCAGAUUGUACCUAUACUUUUUGUACAAAUUCUUUUAUGGUACAACUUGAACUUGUACUUUUAUGUGAUAGUACAACUUCAAGUUGUAAAGUUGUACCAUAACAUAAUGGUACAAAUUGUUUUAUGGUACAACCUAAACUUAUACAUUUAAUGUUAUGGUACAACUUUAAGUUGUACAUUAAAGCACCAAUACUAUAUAGCAUAGUAGAAGUGCUCUAUCAUACAAACUAAACCUUUAUCAUAAUAUAAAUGUACAAAUUUAUUUAUAGUACAAUAUGAAUUCAUACUUUUAAUUUUAUAUGAUACGUAAUUAAUUUGAAUUUCAAAACCCCAAUACUUUAGAGUAUAAUAAAAGUGCUCAAAUAAUAGUUUCUCGAGUCAGGAUCAAGGUUGUCAACCCGCGGGUUGACCCGCGGGUCGACCCACUUUGACCCUGACCCGGUGAGAAAAACGGGCCAUACGCACCCGCCGGGCCGACCGCUACAAGGUAUCGGGUUGGAGGUCAAAUUGUGUAAUUUUUUUCUUUGAUUUGCGAAAUGCGCCUAUUUUCCGAUUUUUCUUUUCGCCUAACUCAAUCUUUGGAAUCCUAAGUUGACCAUUUGAAUAUUUAUGUUAGAUAAGUGUGUGAAUUUUCACUAUAUGUUGGAUCUAAGUACGAUAUGUUAUUUUGGAGUAAUAUUAUAUGUUAUAAGUCAUAUGCUAGAUAAGAUUUGAUAUAAUUUAUGAGGAUAAGUACAAUAUAAUGACUUUUUCUAUAUUUCCGGGCAAAACCGGGCUAAAGCGGUUGACCCAUUAACUCUUGACCCACUAGCUCGACCGGGUCUGGGUCAACCCGCGGGUUGACAACCUUGGUCAGGAUCAAGUUAAAUAGGGACUUUUGGCUCUUUAAGAAGUUAAUUUAUUGGUUCGGAACUGUUCGCUCCACCUUUUCUCUUUCUAAAAUCUUAAAAGCUCUCACUUCUCUCUUCUUUUCAAACUUCAGAUAUGAGCUUGGUUGAGGGUUGCCGUCGGCGCCUCUGGCAAGCCGGCGGUAGCCCAUAGUUUUCCUUGCUUUUUAGCUGCUUCCUUGAUCUGUUGUUUCUUUGUGCUUCCGUUUCAGAGCUUUUUCUGGCCUCUUCUUAGAAGUUAUGUGUUCUCUUCUUCCUCACAUAUGAUCUUUCCAGAUCUGAUUCUUGAGAUGUUUUGUUGGUGACAGAGGGGGUUGAGUGUCCUGAAUACGCCUUCUCCUUCAUGCUUCUGUCUCUCCUCCAUGCUUCACCGCUGCGGCUUGGUGUUUCGGAGAUGUCUUGGGAAUCCUAUUGUGAUCCUCCCACUGGGUUCAGCUGCAUGGAGCUCGAAGGCGAAGAUCAUGCAUCUUGGGCUUUCGAUCGUCUUUCCUUGGUGCUCCCAUUGGUUUGUCAGGCUGUGGUCGCCCUCCGAGUUGGAUUUGCAGGUUUCUUCUUGCGGUUUCUCGCAGUCCGGCGGGUUCUGGUCGUCGGGUUCCUUCUCCUCUGGUGGCUAUCCUCUUUUCCGAUGGGUGUUUGUGGGUGUGUUGCGUUCCUCCUGGCGGCUGCUGCCUCUCCUUUGGAUUUUUGAUUGGUUGUUAGGGUUUUUUCAGACCAUGUUUUUAGGGCUGCUGCUUUAUUUGUAUGGGCUGAGUGUUUGGGCAUGUCCUUGUUGUAUGUUUCUUUCCAUGGGGUUUCGGCCCAAAAUCUGUUAUCUCUUGGGCAUGGUUAAGGAAACCGUACCAGAAGUCAUACCGGACCCGUUUAUGGUAGGGUAUUUUGUGGUAUGACCGUGAUUCAACCACUGUGUACCUGUAAAAUACCGUUUUAUAAUUAAAUAAUAUUUUUUUGUUAAAAAAAUCGUACUGGCAUAUUUAGGAUACCGUAUCGGAGUAAUACAGGAAUAAAAUCGGAAUAUAUCGGAUAACAUUCAUAAUUCUAAUCAAAAGGAAUUCGUUCCAAGGAAGAAGAAGAGCACAUAUGGUAUUGGUUAACAUUUCGGUUGGGCUAAGUCUUAAGCACAAGUGAUUUUCUCCUUUCAUUCCUCCUACAAACUAUUAAGGUUCUAUUGUUAAUCUGGGCUCAACCCUUUGAAAGCCCAGGUCGCUUCCGAAACAUGGAAGAAUAAAAAGAAGACUUUUGGAUAAGUCAUCCUAUCGUCUUCAUCGGUCUAUCAUCUUCAUGUAUCUCUCUCAAUUUCAUUUUCCCCUUUCCUUGAGAAAUCUAAUCCCUAGUUUUCUUGAUCCCCAUCUCGAACACAGACUCAAGCAGGCAUUGCGGCUGAAUAGGAGAGAAGAGGAGCAGCGACGGGGAUUGGCGCGUUCUUGAGCAGCAAGGGAGGGAGACUCAAGCAGGCGGCGCGACUGAGUAGGAGAGAAGAACAGCGACGGGAGGGAUCGGCGCCAAUCACCAGAGAAGACGCUCGACGGAGCGGGUUUCCUCCUUGAUUUCACCGGUCGCAGUCGCCAGACGGCCAUAGGAGGAUCGGCUGGGGAAUAAAGAAACGACUAGAGGAAAGGGCUCCCAAACCCAGAUUAGGGUUUUUGGCAUUCUUGGCCUCUGGCCGAUUCUUUAAAAAAAAAAAUGGCUCCGAAAACGGCGACGUUUUCCCUUGAAGUAAGCCUACCACCGGCUAGACCAAAAUCGAACGGUAUUUACUUUUGUACCGGUUAAGCCGGAAAAACCGACCGACACAAGAUUCUGAUGCAACCAGCCUACCGUAUCGUUCUUGGUUCGGUUCCCGGUUUUUUCGGUUGAACCGGCCGAUACGAUCCGGUUUCCUAGUCCAUGCUCCUGGGUUCAUUUUUAAUGAAUUUCCAAUGACUUAAAAAAAAGUUAAUUUAAUUCACUGAAUGGAAAGAGAACUCAAUGGGAAAUAUCUGAUGGUUAAUUACCGGAAAAAAAAUAACUGAUGGUUAAGGACAUGUGAGGUAAUUUGGAAGAGGAAAAUUAAACCACUCUUUGUUUUUGUUUUUCAAAUUUAUUUUUGAUUAAUAAUAUCUCAUGCUUAUUAAUUCGAAUUUAAGACGUUAUACGAUUUGACAUGUAAAGAUUAUAUAUAUAGUCAUAUUUUGAUGCUUUCCAUUUUGGGAUACCUUGACAAAAAAAUAUUUACUAUUAUGCAGACACUAGAUAUCUCAAUCAUAGAAUCUCUAGUCACUUGUGUGGAAACCUCUAAGCUAUAUGUUUUGAAGAAAAAGAAAAAAAAAACUUCAAACUACUGAAUCACUGGAAUAGGAAAGGAAAACGGUAUGGUAUGGUCCAGAGCGAAUCAUACAUAUGAUAUAUGAUCCAUACUGAGAAACUGGAUCAUAGACCAAGGAACAUAACAAAUAUUACACGGUCCAAGCCAUACCUACCACGUCUGUGGUCUGGUCCGGUACAGUAUGGACCAUGCAUACCAAAUUGAGCGUAAAAUGAACAUUUUAUUUAGUG